UUUUAUCUCUCUCUCUCUGUUUCCUUCAUCUUCACUCAGUUCAAUGAUUCAAUUCGUUCUAUGAGAAGUUUGAAUCAUUGGCUUCGUGUAUGGCCGGCCUUGACUUAGGUUCAGCAUCUCACUUUGUUCAUCAGCUUCAACGCCCUGAUCUUCACUCAAAUCAUGGAGAUGACAACCGGCAGGACCAGGACGACGAUGACCCUCAAGGGCUUGAGCUAGUUACUCCGAACUCUGGGGGAUCUGGCGGCGGAAGUGGCAGUGGUGAGGGCAGUGGUCGUCGGCCAAGGGGCCGGCCUCCUGGCUCGAAGAACAAGCCGAAACCGCCGGUGAUCAUCACCAGAGAAAGUGCAAACACGCUUAGGGCUCAUAUCCUUGAAGUUAGCAGCGGCUCCGAUGUGUUUGACUCGGUAGCAACCUAUGCUAGGAAGCGACAGAGAGGGAUCUGCGUCCUCAGCGGCAGCGGCACCGUCACCAACGUGACCUUACGGCAACCAACAGCCGCCGGUGCCGUCGUGACCCUGCACGGGAGGUUUGAGAUACUGUCCUUGGCUGGAUCUUUUUUGCCGCCUCCAGCUCCGCCGGGGGCCACCAGCCUGACGAUAUUUCUCGCCGGAGGGCAAGGUCAAGUUGUGGGAGGAAACGUUGUUGGUGCCUUGAUAGCUGCUGGACCUGUUAUUGUAAUUGCUUCCUCAUUUUCAAACGUAGCAUAUGAGAGAUUGCCCUUAGAUGAAGAAGAAUCACUUCAGAUGCAGCAAGGUCAAUCUUCCGGCGCGCGCGGCGGCGGCGGCGGCAACUCGUUCCCGGACCCUUCUUCAGGGCUGCCGUUCUUUAAUCUGCCAUUAAACAUGCCGCAGUUACCCGUUGACGGUUGGGCCGGAAACUCAGGUGGUGGUGGGAGGCAACCAUAUUGAUCAGUCUGAGAGCUUCAUUAGGGCACACAUCAAGGUGAGAAGAUAAUUAAUUAAUUAAUCUCAAAUUAAUGGUUACAGAGAAGUUGUAAAUUUUCUUCCUUUUAAUUUCUUUGUUAUUGUAGUGACUUGUCUGGUGAUGAUGAUGAUGAUUUACGAAGAACUGAUUUCUAUUCAUGUCUCAGUAGUUUCUUAGGGAUGUUGCAUUAAUGUUGAUUCAGGUUUCUGGGACAAUUGUGAGUGGAUUAACAUUAUUUCACCUUUAAUUUUCUUGUCGGAUUUAAGGUUUAAUUGUUAAUUAACUUCUUGAGGGGAAUAAA